AUGAUCAAAACGAAAGAUUCGCCCUUAACUUUCCACCCGGAAUGCUUCAACUGCGACAUAUGCAACGCAUCGCUCGUCUCAGCGGGGUUCAAAUCAAUGGGCGAGAGGAUCUUUUGCGCCGAGGUAGUGAUCGAUGUUCCAGCUCAUAUCCUGGUCAACGAUGAUCCUGUGAUCCUCUUAUUUUCGUCUCAGGAUUACAACAGGCGAUAUGCACCUCGGUGUGGAUCGUGUGGCUUGCCUGCUGCUGCUUCCGCGACUGAAAGAACUACCAAGCGAAUUACUGUUCUGGAAAAAACCUACCACGGAAAAUGCUUCAAAUGCGAGGGAUGUGGUGUUCAGCUGUCAGAGAAUGACCAAGAUUGCUUCCCAUUGCACGGGAAGCUCCUUUGCGAAAAUUGCCACGUUAUUAUCCUGGACAACGAAGAAAGCAAGGAUCGGCGUAGGCAGUUGCACAAAAAACGGUUACCUUCAGAUAUGAUCCUGGAAAUAUGCUGUGGGAAUUCGAAGUCAACGACUGCUGAUGGGAAACUUUCAUAUUCGGAUUUUUUCGCGAAAUAUUCGGAGGAAUGUUGGCCCUCAUCAGGAUCAGUCGAGAAAAUGUGA